GAAUAUUUCGGUUUAUUUGAAUGAGGCGAUCAGAUUUUAUAUCUUAUCUUUAUCGUAUUUCGAACAGUGUUUAAUCUCUUAAAAUAUGAUACGGAAUAUCUAUGAGGUGGUUCACCGAUGUUUAUCACUUCUUAACAAAGGAUUUUGAACUCUCAAUGAUGUCAAUUGUGUUCUUGAAGUUACUACACGUGAUUGUUCAUAUUUGUCAAAAGAAUCGAUUUCGUAAUCGUAACUAGAAAUGGUAGUGAGUUUAUCCAGUAGGGGCUUGUUUUUGGUGGUAUCCGUUUCAUUUUUAUUUGGUGUUGGUUUUGGUUAUAAGUUAAAAGAGUGGCGAUUAAAAUAUUUAAAAGAGAAAAGAAACUUUUUAGCUAGAAAAUUUCGUCAAGUGCAGAAUCAGCUGGAUAAUAUUGUACAUUAAUUAAUAACAGUUUUUAAACUCGAAUAUCUAUUCAUAAGAUUACAAUGGAAUUUUACUUUUGCAUUAAAUAGAGCUGUGCUAAAUCUUUAUAAUGAAGCAUAAAAUGCAUGUUUGCAGAUCUUCUGGAGUAUUCUUUAUAUAUGAUUUAAAUUCAAAAUGAAGUCUGAUUAUGUUAAUUUACUAACCUAUUCCCUUUCUAACUAGUAUUCAGUAAUUAGUUCCCCACCCAGAGAUUUUAAUUUCUCUUUUCUAUUCAGCAUUUUUAAAAAUUUAUUUUCUGCAUACACUGUUGCUUUUACUCUUCAGUAUCAUUAACUAUAUUUAGUAUGCUGUUUUAUUUAUUCUUUUCUUAUUGAAGUUUGGUGAACUUUUAAUACCAGAAAUGUGUAUUUUAUGUAAGGGAAUCUAAUUUUGAUAAAUAAGCAUCUGGAUUUGAAGCCUAUUAGACAUUACUUUAUUUUGGAAUAUGCUUAUAAUUAUAAUGAAACAAGUGUAAAAUCGAAUUUCCCGUAUUUAACACACGACAGAUUAAAAGGCAUGUUUUACAUUACAUAUCUUUGUACUUUUAGCUAUUUUUCUAAUUAGUGAUGCAGUUUUUCUCCUUGUUAUUAUGAAUACAAAUUAAUAUAUAAGGAAUUAUAUUGCAAGUCUGCUCCAGCUGAUUGAUUGAUGUGUGUGUAAAUCACAAAUAUUAUAUUUGUUAUUGAAUGUGGCAUUUUAUCUCCCAGGUGCCACUGUUAAUGUUUUGCUAUGCUAAAGAUUCUUAUAAUAAAAUGUGUCAUUAAUGAUUCUUUACUGUAUUGUUUGAUGCUGCUUUUGCCAUUUCUUUGUAAUGAUUGGUUUUCUGGACUAUAUUUGUGAAGAAAUGUGUGUAAUGAUUGUUUUUCUGGACUUAUAUUUGUGAAAAAAUUUCGUUAUUUGAGCUUUUUAUGGGUUUAUUCCUGCCUGAGAUAAUGAAGAAUGUUAGAAACAUAAUGGAAAAGAAAUGAAAAAAUAGCUGAUAUUAGAAAGCUUUUUUAUUUUAUUUAUUUAUUUAAUUUCUUGCAUUUAAUGUCUUCAACCCAAGCCUCAUCAGAAUUCAUGUAGAAAAUUAUUAAAACUUUUUUUUUAAUUAAAUGCCAAAGCUGCUUAUUCUGUUAUGAAAUUUUUUGUCUUAGUUAUUAAUGUGAAAAUAUUUUUUAGUUAUUUUUCGUAUAAAAAUGUAUAUUUAGUAUUUGUUUUUCAUGAUGAGUAGAAGGGUAUUCAACUAAGAUUCUUCACUUAUUAAGAGAUAUUUAAUUAAAUACAGUAUUAAUACAUACAGUACAUUUACAGUAAGUAAUUACAUACAUAUAGUACAUUUACAGUAAGUACAUUUACAGUAGUACAAGUAAUACAGUAUAUUUAAACAGAUUUUAUAGAUUCUUUGAAAGAUCUGUGAAUGUUGAGUAAUUUAAUGGUGUGAUAUGUAUUUUAUAAAUAUUAAAAUAUUAAAAUAUUUAUAAAAGUAAUUGAAAGAAAUGUUUUAUUCUUCCUAGAAUGCUUGGGGGGGGGGAACAAGUGAUUAAUUAACUGUUACUUUGCUUCUUUUGAAUUUCCUGUAACUUUUUAAAUACUAUGUUCUUUUUUUACAAUCAAAAUGCUAAAAUAAAGUCAAUUUUGUGUGAGAUUGGAAUGAUUUCCUUCUCUCUUUCUAGUAAAUCUAACCUUUUCAAAUGACAUCAUCAUCUCGAUGUUUUUCGCUAAGGAGCUGUACUAGCUGUAUCAAGCUGAAGUCUUAACUCUUGAAGGACCAAUAUAUUUUACGAAUUUGCAGUCUUCAGGGUAAAGAAAUAACUAGCACUGACUGGUUACUUAAUCUAUGUAACUAUCGCAGAUUUUAAAUAAUUUGGGGUUGUGUGCAUGGGGACUUAUUUGUUUCUUUAGCCUGUAGUGAAGCAUGGGACAUUAAUCUAGUUUAAAAUACUCUGUCAUAUGGUAUAAAAUCCUGCGAAUUAUUUUCAAAUAUACUUGAUUAUAUGCACAGUAAUUGUAUAUCAUUGCUUGAACAUGAAUGGAUUUGAUGAUACUGAUGUAGUUAAUCCAGUCCAUGUUAUCCUGGAAUAAGGGAAACUGCAUUCAUUGCAUAUAAUUAAUUAACUCAGGUUAUGUCCUUACGUGGUUUAAAAAAAUGUUAGGGCUGGCUUAGGUACAGGAUGUUCGAAUCUUCAUAUCUCGUGAAUCUAAUUUCUUCAAUUUUGAAGAAAAAGAUCUGAAUAUAGAAAAUUCUUCACACUUUUCUUGUCAUUUGAAUCUUUUGGAUCCUAACCUAAAAUACUGUUAAGUAUUUUAAUUCAAAAUUAUGGAAAGAUUUGUUUCACUGUCAUCCAACAAAAGAAUUUAUUGACGGUUACCUGAUCACUAUGUGGCGACUCUGGGUGCCAUACUGUUUUUUUGGGGGGAAAAUUUAACAUUCCUCGUUUAGUAUGUAUUUAUGUUAACUUUGUAAAAUAACCUGGUACUCAAAUAUUUUUUAUUCAAAAUUUCUCAAAUUAUGUCUUGAGAAGUACUUUAUGUACUUCAUCUACUAAAUUUCAUAUAUUCUUUCAUGAAUGUAGAAUCAUUUUUAGAAAUGUAUUCUUAAAUUUUUUAUUAAAUUCAGAUUUUUAAUUUUGCCUUUGUUAAAAGCUUUUAAUAUAAAGUAGAAAUUUUUUUCUUCCUCCCCUUUUCUUAUUUUCGUAUGAAGGAUUUUAGAUUAAAAAAAAAAAAAAAAACCUUCGGAUUCAUCUCAAUUCUACAUAAAACUAAAAGAAUUUAAAAUCUGUACCUUAUAAUUUUACUUAAAAUAUUAAGAUUUAAAAUAUUAUCAAUCCAUCAAAUGUUUCUGACAUUCUUCAUUCUGUUCUGUUCUUGCUGUUUGGUUUCGUGUUGCACUAUAAGAAACUCUGAAGAAAAAGAAAAAAAAAAAAAAUAAAAAAAUAAACUAGCAUGUAAUUCUGUGCAAAUUUCUCAAUUGCUGGUUUUCUAGCUUCAAAGGACUUCGCUUUUGUUUCUCUCAGCUUUAAAUCAUCCUGACUUCCAUCUUUAACCGUACUAACAUGUCCACAUCUGUUCGACCUCGUCCGUCUCCUCUGAAUUCCCCUCGCUCUUCUCCCUGUCCUUCACCACGUAGCUCACCCCGAUUUUCACGGAAACAUCUUCGUUCGCCAACAGUAAAGAAGAGAAUGAUGCCUGUAAUCAUUGUUCAUGGAGGAGCAGCCACUGUACCUCCUGAUAAACAGCCUCUCAAAAUGGAAGGCGUGAAAAGAGCAGUCAACAAAGGAUAUGAUGUGCUUUUAUCACCAGAUGGUACUGCACUAGAUGCUGUGGAGGCUGCAAUUAAAGUUAUGGAGGAUGAUCCAGUUUUCAAUGCAGGUUUUGGAUCAUCACUUACAAUAAAUGGAGAUGUUGAAAUGGAUGCAAUAAUUAUGGAGGGCACACGUAUGAAGGCUGGUGCUGUAGCAGCUGUUACCAAAGUUGCUAAUCCUGUAUCUUUAGCUAGAAAAAUCAUGGAACAAAGUGAUCAUGUUCUUUUUAUGGGUUCUGGCGCUCACCAAUUUGCUCAAAUUGUGGGAAUGCCCUUGAUACAGCCUCAGCAACUGGUCACUAACUGGGCUCAAGACAGAUUACAGCAGUAUAAAACAUUCAUGAAUGCUGUAAAGUCAUCUAUGAUGCUGAACGAUCAUGACACUGUUGGCGCAGUGGCCAUUGAUUCAGCUGGCCACUUAGCCUGUGCUACUUCAACUGGGGGAAUCACUGCCAAACGUGCUGGACGUGUAGGAGAUACUCCUUGUGUUGGUGCUGGAGGAUUUGCAGAUGAUUUUGUGGGAGCUGCAUCUACUACUGGUCAUGGGGAAACAAUCAUGCGAGUCUGUCUUUCACGUCACAUAACUGGGCUUAUGCAGCAAGGCAUGUCUGCACAUGAUGCUGUUGUUGCCGGGUUGGAAUACAUGAAAAACAGAGUUCAAGGUUAUGGUGGUGCAAUAUGUGUUAGUAACAAUGGUGAAAUUGGUGUUCACUUUACAACUGAACAUAUGGCAUGGGCAUAUAGGAAAGGAAAUAUCAUGCAUUUUGGGCUUAGGCCUAAUGAAGAUAUAUCAGAUGUAGUACAAAUAGACUGCUCACCAUAGUUACAUUUACGAAGACCUUUUAGAAUUUUUACAAAGAUUGUAAAUGAACUUUUUUUUGCAAAUACUGUAGCAAAGCUAUUUUUGGAAAACUAUAUAUAGUAUGGCAAAUUUAUAUAUUGUACUUCUCAACUGCUUCUUUUUGUUUGUAAUUUGCUCCACCAUUUAUAGACAGAAAAAAAUUUGUAAUUUUAAACAUUUUCUCUCAAAUCUGCUAAUUAUUAGUCUUGCUGUUUUUGCUUUUAGUGCUACUGUUGUACUCAUUUGUCUUGGUUAGAUGAUUUAGAUGUAAAAAGUUGUUUUUUAAAAUGUAUUAUCUUUGUUAUACGUUGUAUUGAUCACUUACAGUAAUUAAUAAAUCUUUUAAACUUGCAAGGA